GUGUUUGUUUACAAGAACUGCAGGUCACUUUGUACAGGCACGAUUCAUGGUGUCCACGUUGUCUCACUCGCUUCCUGCUGCUGCUGCUAAAAUUUAGUUCCCGUCAGGCAUGGUGCCUCCUCACGCCUAUACGAACUCAUCAUAGCUCUAAGUUUUGCCUUGUGGUUCAGCAUCGCAGAGCGGUACCGAGAGAAUAUUGUCAGUCUGUGGAAGACGCUUCUUAGAAACGUUUGUUAGACCGUCAUGGACUCCAUGGACCAGUCUACUGGCGAGGUGGCGUGCCCUGGGGACCUACAUGAUGACCUGGAUAGUAAAGACGACACAUUGGAAGGUAAAAUAGACAUGUUGAAUGGUAAAGACGACAUGCUGGAUGAAGAGUCUAGAAAAGCCACUAUGGCGCAAGAGGACCCAGCAUUUUACUCUGAUGCAGCAGCUUAUUGGGACAACAUUCCUGCCACUGUCAAUGGUAUGUUAGGAGGGUUUGCGCACAUUAAUGUUGCCGACAUUAGUGGAUCGGAUGCAUUUUUGCGAAGUGUAUUUAAAAUGAAGAACCCUCCUGGACAUGGACGAGCUGUUGACUGUGGUGCAGGAAUUGGCAGAAUAACCAAACAUUUACUGCAGAAACAUUUUGGGAAAGUUGAUCUUGUUGAGCAGUGUCAAAAUUUUAUAGACAGAGCAAAGGAAAACUUCAAGGGCUCCAGAAAAAUCGGCAGAUGUUUGUGUCAGGGCCUCCAGCACUUUUCGCCUGAGCCCGACACUUACGAUGUUGUGUGGUGUCAAUGGGUGUUGGGUCAUUUAACUGAUGCAGAUCUUGAAGACUUUUUUAGAAGAAUGGCUCGUGGAGUAAAAUCCAAUGGUGUAAUUAUUAUAAAGGAAAAUGUUUCAUCUUCUGGUACUGUGGAGCUGGAUGAAAAAGAUUCGUCUGUGACUCGACCUGAAAGCCUUCUUUUAGACAUUAUUGAACGGGCAGAACUCAGAAUUCUGAAAAAUACAAAGCAAUCAAACUUUCCAAAAGGUCUAUAUGAAGUGAAAAUUUUGUGUCUUAGGCCAAAAACUUGUGUUUAGUAAUAUAGUUCAUGGAAAUCCUGUGUGUUUACAAUUUAAACAAGUAAUUGUAUUACACACAAAAUUGAGGUUUGUUAGUUAUGGUCAUUUACUUACUUAGUUUUUCAGCAUUGACUUAACAAAACAGUAUUAUAAUAGUUAACAACUUUAACCUUUGAAGGAAUAAGAUUGUAUACAAUAUGAGAUUAUUUACUAGAUAAACUAAGCUUCCUCAUAUUUCUAUUACAGUUGGUCCCUGAAAGAACCUUGUUCACUUGUUAGUAAAAAGUUUCCUCAAGAUUA